AUGGACGUUGUGCUACUGUUAUUUCUCACUCUUUCCAUUAGGGCGGAAUUGAAGAACGGCGUUGAAUCGAGAGAUGAACGCUUGGCCAGCGAUGACAAUUUCGAAAAUGAACUCGAACAAGGAUAUCAGAUGCUAAAAGGCGUGCCGAAUGCCGAUAAUACAAAGGAACUUCUCGGGCAACUGCAUAAGAUGGAGCCGCAAAUCAAACAGGAACUCAUUCUAUCGCCAGAGCGGAAAGCUGAAUUACAGGAAGAAAUGAAGAAUUACGUUGAAAUCGAAAACGAUCAUGGUCAACUAAUGGGUCAAACAAUCGAAGAAAUCAAUUUGGACACCAAAGUAGACAGAGCACUGUUUCAAGGAGACAUACUACUUACUAAAGAACAAGCCGAUGAGAUCAUAGAGGACGUUAAGGAAAACAAAGCCAACCGCAGCAAACGACAGGCAUAUCGUGACAGUAGAUAUCCCAAUGCUCUGUGGUCAAAUGGAGUGUCCUAUUCCUUUCACUGGAACGCAACGCAUGGAGCAAGGCGGGUUUUCAGAAAAGCUACCCAAAUAUGGCAGGACGAAACAUGCAUUAAUUUCUUUGAAGAUAACACAGCUUCGGGUAGGAUUGUCGUCUUCCAAGGUCCUGGAUGUUAUUCAAAUAUUGGAAGAAUUGGAGGCAUUCAGACUCUCUCAUUGGGGCCGAGAUGCGAACAGAACGGCUGGAUAUCUCAAUUUACAAAGCAAAGUGAACACACGAACUUUAACUAUAACCUGACCUACGACUAUGGAAGCAUUAUGCAUUACGGAGCAUUAAGCGUCUCACGGAACGGUCAACCUGUCAUGGUCCCACGUGAUAUGAAAUAUAUCCAAACUCUUGGAACACGCGUACUUUCGUUCUACGAGAAACUGAUGAUGAACCUUCACUAUAAGUGUCUCGACAAAUGCAAGAGUGAGUCUUCAGCAAAGUGCAAGAAUGGUGGGUUUCCACAUCCAAGAGACUGCUCUAAAUGCACCUGCCCAAGCGGAUAUGGCGGAACACUUUGCGACGAAAGAGUUAACAGAAUUAGCAAUAAAAAGACACUAACAGCUACCACCUCCUAUCAAACGCUUGAGGACACCGUGGGUGAGAGAGGUGCACGUAAUGCAAAAGAUGAGUUUACGAUGUGCCACUAUUGGAUUAAGGGACCAGCUGGCUCAACGAUCGAGGUGAUACUUGAUGAGUUCUCGCACGGCGUGUCUAACGAUGGCUGCAAUUAUGCUGGAGUUGAAAUUAAAACAGGAAGUGAUAAACGUCGUACUGGUUACAGAUUCUGUUCUCCAAGAUUUGCUGGAACAUCCUUGGUCUCUACGCACAAUAUCGUCCCUAUAAUUACAUUCAGCAGGCUCUACGAAGUCAAAACCGUCUUACGUUAUCGAAUCGCUUCCACUGGAACGGGUGCUGUGGAUACGGAAACUGAGGGGGACGAGACAACUCCUCAGCCAGCUAAGAAGCCCAACAAAAGCUGCAAAGACAUUAAUCUGUGUACUAAAUUGCUGCAGUGGGACUUCUGUAAUGAUGACAACUACGACGACAAGUUUAAGAAAUUGGCCUGCCCGAAAUCAUGCGGUUUCUGCUAG